AUGGGAUUUGAAAUAUUACCUUUUGAAGUUCAGGUUUCUAUAUUCAAACAACUUCUUCCAUCAGAGCUGGUAAAACUCUGGCAUGAUGUACCAGAAAUGAAGCAGUUUAUCACCCCUGGGAUCCUUAGAAUUGUUACAACUUCUGUCAAUGAAAUGAAGCUAAAAUAUGAUUUCCCAAAUGAGUUUUACUUCCAAUAUGAAUGUAAUUCUGACUCUGAGGAGCAUAAAAAUCUGGCUCAUCUUGAGUUUCAACAUAACUUUAAAGGUUUUUAUGGCUCUAUUUUAAUUGAAUUUUUUAGGGAAAGAAGCUCUACUGCCCAUGGACUCAAUGUCGAGCUAUUUAAGCCAUAUAUUUUUGAAAUAAUCUGGAACUGUGAAGAUCAUUUAUAUCAUGAUGGAGUCGCUACAUUUGAAGAUAUUAUUGAAAAAGCUGGGAAUAACCUCAAGCUGAUAACAGUCAAAUAUACGGGAUAUGAUGACUUUAUUAUUGAUAAGCUCCCUGAUUCUAUUCUAACACAGGAGAUUCUACAAUAUAGUGAUAUUGGAAAGGUGGCAAUUCAAAACUUCAACGGGCAUAUACUUUCAGAGAUGUUCACACUCAUUCCAGAUUUGGAGAGACUAAACAUGGAAUCCGCAUCGUAUGGAGACAACAUCUUAGGUGAUGAUCUGAACAUAAAUGAUUUUAUAUUCCCAGAAAUAGAUGUACAUCCAUUGGCAUCAUUUAAUCGUUUGAAAGAAAUUGAGAUUGGUAACUACCUUAAUAAUCGUUACGAACUUUCAAAUUUAUAUUUUCCAAACCUGCAAAAGUUUACACUCAAACAUUGCUCCAUUCAUUCUAUCGAGAAUUUAAAAGCUCCAAAGUUGAAAAUCUUUGAAAUUCAAUGGUCUGCAAUAUUUAUAAUCUCAUGUCUUGAGUUACAUUCUUUAGAUGUGCUUUCCAUUCAUUUAAUAGCUAGAAAACAAUCCACAACCGGAGAUUCUCAUUCUUACGAAUUUAUAAUGGAAUACAUAAAGUCCAAAAGCUUAAAAGAUUUCAACUUGACAGGCUCAGCUAUUAUUGGAAUAGUACAAAACUUAUAUUUUCCGGCUCUAGAGAGUGCUAGUAUUAUAAGUUCAUCCAAAUAUGAGGGUUAUUUUGGUACUGACAAUGUUGAACCAUUUAUAAACUGUGAUAAUCUUGAAUAUUUACGACUUUCAGGUUGUACAAACAUAUUGAAACUGCCGAGGGAGUAUCAAAGUGUUAAAACUUUAUAUCUUUCGGGUACUUACUAUAACGAUGAUAAAAGUUCUGAAGCUUUUACGCCGGUGAGAACAUCGUUCCCAAAUUUGGAAAAUUUAAAAAUGAAAAAUUUGGAACUAGAUGAACAUGAUAUAACAGAGCAGAUCCUCACACAACCAUCCAAAUUGAACAAAUUGGAACUUAAGAAUUGUCCUGGGUUCAAAAUCGAUCAAAUUUUACAUCAUGAAAACUUGAAGUCAUUAUUAAUUCAAAAUUAUUCAUUUGAACCUUUCCAGAAUAUCACUAUACCGAGUUUGAUAGAAUUCGAGAUCCAUUUUACUGAAAGUGAAUUCAUCAUGGAAAAUUGCACCUUUGAAAAGCUCGAAUAUCUGGCUAUUAAUUUAGGAUCUAAGUUUUCAGAUCCUGGAACAAUAAAAUUUGUGGAAAAUCUUCUGCCGAAACUUGAAAUACUCAAAUUGGAGGAUCAUAAAGUUACAAAUCACAUAUCUACUAAAUCAUAUCCCCUUCUUGAACAGCUUGCUAUUGAUCAUAUUGACUCAUUAGAAAUUGUACCAAGUGAUUCAUUGAAUACCUUAGAUCUUUCAAAGAAUCAUUUAAAGAUGGAUCUGGAUUUUAAUGAAGAUGAUUUUCCAAACCUGGAAUAUUAUGAUGAGCCACAAGGAUAA